UGGUUGUGUAGCAUCUCUACAUCUCUACAGGCAGCUGUGAGGAGCUUUCAGUCUUGAGUUGAAGAGCUGAAGAAGAUGAAGAGCUGUCUAACAUUCAUUCUUCUGUCCUCUAUAUUCACACUCUCUACAGCUGACAGAAUGAGGCUGGUGGGUGGCAGUAAUUCUUGUGCUGGUAGGAUAGAGAUGUUUUAUAAAGCAGAAUGGGCAACCAUGUGUUUUGAUUAUUGGGAUUUAACAGCCACAUCACUGUUGUGUAUGCAGUUAGGCUGUGACAGUAAUCCAGAAACAAUACGUGGUGCUCACUUUGGACCGGGAUCAGGAACAAUUUGGAAGGUUAACCUUGACUGUAGUGGAUCAGAAUUCACAGUAAUGACAUGCAAUAGAAUGGCAAUUUAUGAUCCUAAUUGUAAUCACAAUGAAGAUAUUGGAGUUAUCUGCAGAGGACUUAGACUGGUUGGAGGUUCUCGCUGUUCUGGAAGAUUAGAGAUACCUCGAGAAAACACCUGGAUGUCAGUGUGUGAUGCUGUGUUUGAUGAUCAGGAUGCAGAGGUUGUGUGUAGAGAGAUGGGCUGUGGACCUCCUGUACAGCUGCUGGGUGCAGAUACUUUUGGUAAAGGAGAGGGGCAGGUGUGGACACAAGAGAUUCAAUGUAGAGGAGAUGAAUAUCAGUUUGAUCUUUGUCCAACAUCACCUUCACACAUCAACUGUUCCCAUGAAAAUGAUGUUGGCAUUGUAUGUGUCGACACACUGAGAUUAGUUGGUGGUAGCAGUCAUUGUUCGGGUAGAGUUGAGGUUCUUCAUGAAGGUCAAUGGGGAACAGUGAGUGAUGAUGGUUGGGAUCUGAGAGAUGCUGCAGUGGUGUGUAGAGAGCUGGACUGUGGAGAGGCUGUAGAUGCACCAACGCAAGCUCAUUUUGGAGAAGGGAAAGGGCCAAUCUGGAUUAAUAAUGUACAGUGCACUGGACAAGAGUCUGACCUGAGACACUGCAGAAAAAAUAGAUGGUGGAAACAGGAGGGUAAACAUGCUAAUGAUGCUGGAGUCGUCUGCUCGGCAAUCAGGCUGGUUGGAGGUUCUCGCUGUUCUGGGAGAGUUGAGAUGCAUCGAGGAAACACAUGGGUUUCAGUGUGUGAUGCUGCCUUUGACCAAAAAGAUGCAGAGGUUGUGUGUAGAGAGCUGAACUGUGGGGUUCCUGUACAGCUGCUGGGUGCAGAUACUUUUGGUAAAGGAGAGGGGCAGGUGUGGACACAAGAGAUUCAAUGUAGAGGAGAUGAAUCUCACAUUCGAUCAUGUUCAUAUACUUCACGUAAAGUAACCUGCACUCAUGACAAUGAUGUGGGACUCAUAUGUUCUGGUUACUCUGACCUCAGACUGGUGAACGGCUCUGAUAUCUGCUCUGGUCGAGUUGAGCGUUGGUAUUUCAGUAAAUGGGGCUCAGUGUGUGAUGAGUCCAUGAAUAUUGGAGCUGCCAAUGUUCUCUGUAGAGAGCUGAAUUGUGGGAUUGCUGUGUCUGUUGUGGGAGUGGACUGGUUUGGAGAGGGAUCUGGUGAAAUCUGGGCUGAUGUGUUUGAUUGUCAGGGGAGUGAAACAAAACUCUCAGAUUGUUCAAUCUCUUCAUGGAGUCGAGCUGAAUCCUCUCAUAAACAAGAUGUUGGAGUCAUUUGUUCUAAUUCCUCUCUGUCUCUUCAUGAUGGUCGAGUGAGGUUGUCUGGAGAGAGAGAGUGUGAGGGUGAGGUGGAAGUUUACAUUCAUCAGGUUUGGAGGAGAGUUCUGCUGGACUCCUGGAGUCUCACUGAAUCCUCUGUGGUCUGCAGACAGCUGGGCUGUGGCUCUGUGCUGAACUUCACUAACUCCUCUUCAUCCAGUGAUGAACACAGUUAUGAGUGUGUGAUGGGCUUCCAGUGCUCUGGGACUGAAGAUCAUCUGAGGAACUGCAGCUCUCCACAAACUCUCAACUGCAGCGCAACACAAAAACUAUCAAUCACCUGCCUUGGUCAGAAUUAUAAUAUCUGUCAGAAGUCCAUCAGGUUGGUGGGUUCUGGUGGAGAUUGUGCAGGAAGGCUGGAGGUUUUUCACAAAGGCUCAUGGGGUACAGUGUGUGAUGACUCCUGGGAUAUUAAAGAUGCUCAUGUGGUGUGCAGACAGCUGCAGUGUGGAGUGGCUCUCAGUAAUCAGCCAGUACCAGCCUGGUUUGGUCCUGGUUCUGGACCCAUAUGGCUGGAUGAUGUGAACUGUGAGGGGAAUGAGACAUCACUGUGGAGCUGCUCAUCACGGGUCUGGGGAAAUCAUGGCUGUAAACAUAAGGAGGAUGUAGGAGUUGUGUGCUCAGAGUUUAAAGAGCUCAGGUUAACUGAAGGCUGUGAAGGGAAUGUGGAGGUUUUCUACAAUGGAUCCUGGGGUAAUGUUUGCUACAAUCAGAUGAACAGAGACACAGCGAGUCUGAUCUGUCAAGAGCUGAACUGUGGAAGAUCUGCCAGUGAAUUCAGUUCUUCAGAUGGACUGAGGUCUCAGAAUUGGUUGGAUUACUUUAAAUGUCGAUCAGAUGACUCCACUAUAUGGCAGUGUCCAUCUUCACCUUGGGGACAGAAUGACUGUGGUCCAAAUAAGGUUGUUAAAAUCACCUGUUCAGUUUCCAAGGAAAAGACCCCUCAGACUCAUCUGUCAUGCUCUACCUCACCAUCUCCAUACCAGAGACAAUGUUCAAAUCAUCUUCCUCUCAGACUGAGAGGAGGGAAGGGUUUGUGUUCGGGGAGACUGGAGGUUUAUCAUAACUCUGUGUGGGGUUCAGUCUGUGAUGAUCUGUGGGACAUCAGAGAUGCUCAGGUGGUCUGCAGGCAGCUGGGUUGUGGAGCAGCAUUGAGUGUUGAUGGGAAUGAAGCGUUUGGUGCUGGUGAAGGUGUUGUGUGGAUGAACAGAGUCGAGUGCAGAGGGACUGAGAUUCACCUGUGGGACUGUCCUCAUGUCCUGAAAAAACACACUGACUGCUCACACAAAGAACAAGUUAGACUCAUCUGUGCAAAGGGAGUUCAGGAGGAAUAUGAUGACAUAAGAAUGCCAGUGAAUAAAGAUGUGUUAGUAAUGGACAAUAUUGCUGACUUAAGUGUGAGGUUGGUAAGUGAUAGCAGUCCUUGUUCUGGUAGAGUUGAGGUUCUUCAUGAUGGUCAGUGGGGAACAGUGUGUGGUGACCGCUGGGAUCUGACAGAUGCUUCAGUGGUGUGUAGAGAGCUGGGCUGUGGUGAGGCUGUAGAUGCACCAAAGUAUGGUCACUUUGGACAAGGAUCAGGACAGAUCUGGCUAGAUGAAGUGGACUGUAGUGGAUCAGAGUCCUCACUAAAGAAAUGUAAAUCAAAUGGGUGGGGUGAUCAUGACUGUCAGCAUAAUCACGAUGCUGGAGUCAUCUGCUCAGGCGAUAAACGCUACAGUGGGUCAAGUCUUCUUGCUGGUUCUCAUUUGUGCUCUGGGAGAGUGGAGAUGUAUUUUGGAGGAAGAUGGGGCACAGUGUGUGAUGCUGUGUUUGAUGAUCAGGAUGCAGAGGUUGUGUGUAGAGAGAUGAACUGUGGGGUUCCUGUACAGCUGCUGGGUGAAGAUACUUUUGGUAAAGGAGAGAAGCAGGUGUGGACACAAGAGAUUCAAUGUAGAGGAGUUGAAUCUCAAAUAAACUUCUGUCCAGAACAAUCUUCAUACAAGAACAACUGUUCACAUGACAAUGAUGUGGGACUGAUUUGCUCUGGUUACACAGCACUCAGACUGGUGAACGGCUCUGAUAUCUGCUCCGGUCGAGUUGAGCGUCAGUAUUUCAGUAAAUGGGGUUCAGUGUGUGAUGAGUGCAUGAAUAUGAGAGCUGCCAAUGUUCUCUGUAGAGAGCUGAAUUGUGGGAUUGCUGUGUCUGUUGUGGGAGUGGACUGGUUUGGAGAGGGAUCUGGUGAAAUCUGGGCUGAUGUGUUUGAUUGUCAGGGGAAUGAAACAAAACUCUCAGAAUGUUCAAUCUCUUCAUGGAGUCGAGCUGAAUCCUCUCAUAAACAAGAUGUUGGAGUCAUUUGUUCUAAUUCCUCUCUGUCUCUUCAUGAUGGUCGAGUGAGGUUGUCUGGAGAGAGAGAGUGUGAGGGUGAGGUGGAAGUUUACAUUCAUCAGGUUUGGAGGAGAGUUCUGCUGGACUCCUGGAGUCUCACUGAAUCCUCUGUGGUCUGCAGACAGCUGGGCUGUGGCUCUGUGCUGAACUUCACUAACUCCUCUUCAUCCAGUGAUGAACACAGUUAUGAGUGUGUGAUGGGCUUCCAGUGCUCUGGGACUGAAGAUCAUCUGAGGAACUGCAGCUCUCCACAAAAGCUCAACUGCAGCGCAACACAACAGCUGUCAAUCACCUGCCUUGGUCAGAAGUCGAUCAGGUUGGUGGGUUCUGGUGGAGAUUGUGCAGGAAGGCUGGAGGUUUUUCACAAAGGCUCAUGGGGUACAGUGUGUGAUGACUCCUGGGAUAUUAAAGAUGCUCAUGUGGUGUGCAGACAGCUGCAGUGUGGAGUGGCUCUCAGUAAUCAGCCAGUACCAGCCUGGUUUGGUCCUGGUUCUGGACCCAUAUGGCUAGAUGAUGUGAACUGUGAGGGGAAUGAGACGUCACUGUGGAGCUGCUCUUCACGGGUCUGGGGAGAUCAUGACUGUAAACACAAGGAGGAUGUAGGAGUCGUGUGCUCAGAGUUUAAAGAGCUCAGGUUAACUGAAGGCUGUGAAGGGAAUGUGGAGGUUUUCUACAAUGGAUCCUGGGGUAAUGUUUGCUGGAAUCAGAUGGACAGAGACACAGCGAGUCUGAUCUGUCAAGAGCUUAACUGUGGAAGAUCUGCCAGUGAACCCAAUUAUUCAAAAGGACUGAAGCCUCAUAAUUGGUUAGAUUACUUUAAAUGUCGAUCAGAUGACUUCACUUUAUGGCAGUGUCCAUCUUCAUCCUGGGCACCAAAUCACUGUAAUGAAGAUGAAGUGGCCAAUAUUAUCUGCUCUGAUAAGGUGAUUCAUGAAGUUCCUCGGAGUCGUCUGACAUGUUCUGCAUCACCAUCUCCUCAUCAGAGACAAUGUUCAAACUGA